CGGUCGGGUAAGAGUACGCAGGGAUUUUUUGGUCAGUUGGCAGCACUGCAGGGAAUUAGUUUUGUGCUAGUUCAGUGUGCCACCAACGAAGAAGGAAGCCGCCAUCACGCCGAACUUCAGCUCGUCUUCGUUUGGAUUUGACAAGGUAAAAUGCAGUUUUUAUACUUUGGCAUGUAAUAUUUUGAACACAGAACUUAUGAUUUUGUGACCUGAUUAUAGCUUGUAGAUUCCUUUGUCCCACAUAGUAGCUUAGAAUAGUUAAUUAGGAAUCGAACGAUGUAAGUUUUGAGUCAGUUGCUGACAGGUGCUGGCACCUAGUGACAUUUUUUUUAAAUAUGGUCUGGGAGGCUAAGAGUACGCAGCACUGCGUACUCUUACCCACACUGCGUACUCUUAUCCUCCCUGUCGGCGAUUGCUACAUAAAAAAAUCAAUCUGCUCUUGUUUGGAGAUCAAUCAACUCAAAUUGUCAAUCUGUUCAAUUUCGUUAUUUAGCAAUAAAUUAGUAACAUUUUCUUUUUUUCAGAUUCACUGUUUUCUUUAAAAUGGCUCCAUACAAAAGAAAAACCGACAGAGUACUUUUAACCGCUGAGACCUUGGAAGAAGCUAAACGAAAACUAGAAGCUGGGAAGAGCAAGAGGGAAGUAGCUCGAGAGUUGGGGAUCAACGAGUGCACUUUGCGAAAAAGGCUGAAAACUGGGACAGUAGCAGAGUCACUUGGGAGAUACAAGAAGGCCUUGACUGAUGAGAUGGAGCGUGAGCUAGCUCAACAUUGCAGGGACCUUGACUCAAGAUUUUAUGGAUUGACUAGGAAACACAUAAUGAAAGUUGCUUUUGACUACGCUCAAAUGAAUGGUGUUUCUGAACGGUUCAAUCAAGAAAAAAAAAUGGCUGGCAAAGAUUGGCUAAAAUCUUUUUGUAAAAGAAACAACCUCUCUGUUAGGGCACCUGAAAAUUGUAGUAUGGCUAGGGCAAUUGGUUUCAAUAGAGUUCAGGUGUCUAGGUUUUAUGAUAAUUUGAAAGAAUGUUGCAUUCAAAAAAAGUUUCCUGCUCACAGGAAAUUUAAUGUUGAUGAGACAGGGUUGUCGACAGUCCCUAGUAGGACUCCAAAGGUAUUGACGCCUAAAGGUAAAAAAACAGUUUGCAAAAUUGCAAGUGCUGAGCGGGGAAUAACAGUCACAGCAGUGUGCUGCAUGAGUGCAACUGGAGUUUUUGUGCCUCCUGCACUAAUUUUUCCAAGAAAAAGAAUGAAUCCUUCUCUUUUCACAGAUGCUCCUCCUGGAACUUUGAGACUUGUGACGGACACUGGAUAUAUGAACUCCGAUCUAUUUCUUGAUUGGCUGAAACAUUUUGUGCAGCAUACAAAACCAUCUGCUGAUGACCCUGUUUUACUCAUCGCUGACAAUCACUCUACACACUGUUCCCUUCAGGCAAUUUUGUACUGCCGAGAGAACAAUGUCACAUUUUUGACUCUUCCACCUCAUGCAAGCCACAUCAUCCAACCUCUCGAUAAGUGUUUCUAUGGCCCACUCAAAUCAGCAUUUUCAACUGAAGCGGAAAAAUGGCUUGUUCAACAUCCUGGUGAAGUGAUAAAGUUGAGAGAUGUAGCUGGCAUUUUCAAAGAAGCUUAUUCAGCAACAGCCAAGAUAAAGCUCGCUGAAAAAGGAUUUAAAGUUACUGGUAUCGAACCCUUUAAUCCAGACAUCAUUGAUGAUGAGCUUUUUGCCCCAUCCCUUGUCACUGAACAACCUCAAAGCCAAAAUGAAGAUGAGACAGCAAACCUCCAAGACCAAGUGACUGAUGCCAGUAAUCCAGACAAAGACUUAGCCCUACCAUUGGAUAUCGAGUCACCUGAGGGACAGCAAGCUGCAGACCCACUGGAACUUGUACCUGAGGCACAGAUAAUCAAAAGUUCGACUCAAAGUUCAACUAUAAAAAAGUCCAUUCAUUUGUUACUUCCUUUGCCAAAACGAGAGGUCAUGCCAGAUCAGAAAGGCAAACGCCCAUCUCAAAAAUCAGAAAUAAUUACUUCUUCACCUUUUAAAGCUAAGUUAGAGAACAAGGAAAAGGUCAAACUAAACCUAGAGAAAGAGAAAUUGGAAAAAAUUGAAAGAAUUAAAGCUAAUAAGGUUGCGAAAAAAGCCUUUUUAAAGGAUUUCAAACAGAAAAAGUUAAAAAUAACCCUGCGAGCCUAAAGAAAAAGGGAGUUAAUAUAAAAAUUGAGAAAAGCACACCUAUUAAGCAGAACAAGGUUAUCAAAAAAGAACCUUCAGACGUUAUUCCCAAAAAAAUCCUACGCCUUGAUCAACCAUGCUCAAGUUCAGCCCAACCGGGAACUUCCCAAGACAGGAGUUCUCAAGAAGACGUCACCGUCUGCGGUGGAUGCGGAGAAUCUUUUGUUGAAGACUGGAUCCAGUGUGGAAUCUGCAAUGUGUGGUGGCAUGAGACUUGCUCUGCUUAUGAAGGCAGCGGACCAUUUGUGUGUGAUCACUGCUAGUGCGUACUCUUAGCCCAUCAUCCGCGUACUCUUACCCUCCCGGGAGCCCAAGAGUACGCAAAUGGCAUUUUUUUCUAAAUAAUUUUUUAUUAACUUAUAUUUUUAUAUAAAUGUACAAAACUUUGUACUUUUGAUAGGUAAUAACUAAAGCAUAUUGUGUGAAAAUUUGAGUUUCAUAUACCUUAUACCCAAUCAUUUAUGACCAAUCAUUUACAGCAAAAAAUGCACUAAGUGCGUACACUUAACCUCCCUUACCCUACCCCUCAAAAAAGCCAAUUGCCUCGCGCCCUAGGCAAGUGACUACCGUGCCUAUUCGGUCAAUCGGUCCUGACUAAACACGUUCUGUAUUGCUGUACUUGUGCCCCGUGCUCGUGUGUGUCUUCCAAAAUAUCAUACAAGUUUAGCUACCUCUUCCGGCCGGACCGAAACGAUUCGUACAAGUGUAGCCACCCCUCACAAAUUCGGGCCGGACCGAACCGAACCGGACCGGACCGAAUCGGGCAAGUGUAGCCGCUGCUUAAGGUGCGUACCUAUUAAUUAUCGUACAAUCAAUCUCGGUAGAAGAAUGUUUUAAAAAAGAUAUUUUAUUCUUGGUAUUUGAGUGAAUUUUAUAUUUUUCCGGUGUAGUGGGUAUUAAAAUCUUUGAAAUGUCACCUGAUUUAUGGAAAUUGGCGAAGAAUUAAGGAAGUAAUGGCCUACCGACAAAAUAAAGUAGUUUAUAAAUUAUAAUAUAUAUGGAUUGUUGUAUAACAUACCAACAAAGCAAUUGUGAACGUUUUGGUCAGAAACGUAAAAAUAGCUUUGGCUUUGGGAAGUUCAAACAAAUAUUUAUUAGAAAAUAGCUAAAAGGCUGCCAAGCUUUUUUAGCAAUUUAUGUUCAUUACUGACUUAAAGGGGUCACAGGCGGGGCAACAGAUCAGAUAUAAAUAUAAUUUGUGAUUGUUUAUCAAUUGAAUUUAAAUAUUUUAAACAUCUAGUUGAUACAAUUUACAAUUCCUGAAUAACUGUUACUAUUACCAUUAGUUCGUUACGUAACCUAGAUUUUGAGUGUAGAACGAAGUAGCUAUAUCCACAAAUUAAUGUCUAUUUUUGGAAAUAUAUCUACAUAGUCAAGCUAUGUUUGUACAGAUUUAAAUGGUUAGUAUAUAGAUUAUGAUGAAUAUUAAAUAUUUUAAGAGUACUUCUUAUUGGUUAGUUAGUAUUAUAAAUAGUGUAAUUGAAUUUUAAGAGUUUAUUCG